UGAUCACGUGACGACAGAAGAUGGCGGGCAUGGACGAGGAGUUCGAGGACGCUAUUGACGUGGAGCCGUUGGAGCCCACCCUGACCAACAUUAUUGAGCAGAAGUCGCUCAAGUGGAUCUUUGUGGGCGGCAAGGGAGGAGUAGGGAAAACCACCUGCAGUUGCAGCUUGGCUGUGCAGUUGUCAGAGGUCCGAGAGACUGUGCUGAUUAUUUCAACGGACCCAGCCCAUAACAUUUCUGAUGCAUUUGAUCAGAAAUUCUCCAAAGUGCCAACCAAAGUGAAAGGUUAUGACAACCUCUAUGCUAUGGAAAUUGAUCCAAGCCUGGGUGUAGCUGAAUUACCAGAUGAAUUUUUUGAAGAAGACAAUAUGUUGAGCAUGGGCAAGAAGAUGAUGCAGGAGGCGAUGAGUGCAUUCCCAGGCAUCGAUGAAGCAAUGAGCUAUGCUGAAGUUAUGAGACUGGUGAAAGGAAUGAAUUUCUCAGUGGUGGUGUUUGAUACAGCACCGACAGGACACACACUGCGACUCUUGAACUUCCCAACGAUUGUCGAGAGGGGUCUGGGGAGGUUGAUGCAGAUUAAGAAUCAGAUCAGUCCUUUCAUCUCUCAGAUGUGCAGUAUGCUUGGACUCGGUGAUAUGAAUGCAGAUCAACUGGCAUCAAAGCUGGAAGAGACCUUGCCUGUCAUUCGUUCAGUCAGUGAGCAGUUUAAAGACCCGGAGCAGACCACAUUUAUCUGUGUGUGCAUUGCCGAGUUUCUAUCCUUGUAUGAAACAGAGCGACUAAUCCAGGAGUUGGCAAAGUGCAAAAUUGACACCCACAACAUUAUCGUAAACCAACUGGUGUUCCCAGAGCCCGGGGAGAAACCUUGUCGGAUGUGCGAGGCACGGCACAAAAUCCAAUCAAAAUACCUAGACCAGAUGGAAGAUCUGUACGAAGAUUUCCACAUUGUGAAGCUCCCUUUGUUACCUCAUGAAGUAAGGGGCACUGACAAAGUCAACACCUUCUCCAAGCUCUUGCUUGAGCCUUACAUGCCACCCAGUAAAUGAACAGUCUUUCUUCAUUCUGUUUCAAUACUGAUGCAAGAAAACCCAGGAUUUGUAAUUUAUUAACACUAUGUUUUUAGGAAUGAGCAUGGGGAGGGGAUGUGUGGAUGUUAUUUAUUGUGUUGGGCCAGGUGUGGAUUAUUUUGUUGAUGUCAUUUUGAGUUAUACUGACUACACAGUCCUUGUAUCAAUGCCAGGUUUGUGGAGCAAACUAUUUGAAUAUAAAUUCUUGCUAUUGUAACCUUUACACAAUUGCUUUUCAACUUUGACUUGCCUUCCUCCCCUUCACUGUUUACCUAUACCCUCUAAAAUAAGUCACUGACCUUAGACUUGACCCACAGCUGCCCUGUGCCAGCUGGAGUCUCUUCCAGUGGAGGGUCAGCUUUCACUUAUAACAUAAUGGUCUUCAACAGGAAGUAUAUAGUUCAAAUCAAAGUAGCAAUUCUACUACAAAGCAAUUGUGACAUGUUUGGAGAAUUUGUGGUCUUAAUGUUGUAAAGCUAGUCUGUUAAACACUUUAACACUAGCAACAUUUUACAUAUUACUUUGUUACAUGUCAGUAGCAGUUAAAGAUGUCCAUGGGAGCUUAUGCCUUGAGUAUGGUCAUAGACUCUAAAUUUAAUAAUGUUUCCUAUGACUUUUUUUUAUUUUAGGUUAUACCAACCUCCAUGUAGUGUCUUGGUCUAGCAGAGACCAUGCAUUACAUUGGAAAACCUAAUUGCUCUUUCAUUAUCGGGUUUCACUUUUUAGCCACCAUGGUUAUGAAGUUUCAGGACUUUUGGUUUGGUUUCAGGUUUGGUAUACCUGAAUAUCCUUGUAGACAUGCUGCCUUGGCUUAAAGGAAUCAUAUUUUCCUGACUUGUUAAAUUGUAAUGAAGAAACUUGUUAAGAACCUCUAACCAGAAUGGGACUUCAGAAUGUUUAUUUUAUUGCAUUGGGCCUCCAGAUUUGUCUGUUUAAGUUGUUCAUGCAGAUAUUGAGUUUGGGGAAGGGGAGCCUGUUGAAUGUCAUUUCACCCUGUGCAAUGGAAAACAACCAGAUGGCAGAUGGAUCAUAAGAUUGAUCCCUGGGCUUUGGAAGAACAUUUGGAUCUCUGUUAUAGUCGUGGUGGUGAAGAUGCAUACGGUAGGGAAUGGGAAAAUUUAGCUAAGCUACUCUGGAAAAUAGAUGAUGGAUGUGAACAACUUUGGGCUCAGAUGUUAAUUCUCAAAAUUUAGUCAGGUACAUGAGAAAUGACACACAAGUAAGCUGUAGAGAUGUGGUGAAUGUCUGAUGGUGCCAUCUAAUGGUGUCUGAAUCCGGGGUGGAGGGGGGGAAGGCUAAUAAUAAAUUAUUAUUAAUUUAUUAUUAAAUUUAGUAAACACAGUGAAUCAUUUUCUCCACAAAUGCAUGUCAUUUUUAUAGAGGAGGUGAAGCUUAUGGUCAGUAAUUCUGAGGCAAAAGACAAAACCUACAGCUAGUGAAACACCUUAGGGCUGGUAAAACAGAUUGUCAGCAAUUAAACUCAUUGCAUUUGGUUUCAUUUAAGGACCAGGAAGUGGAUAUUGAGUAUUGUCUCUGCAAUCUGAUUUCCCAAAUGCUCAAGGUGGAAUGGGAUUUUGUUUCAGUCUUGGAGGUGAGGUUAACAAAAAGUCACCCAAUCUAAUCCAGUAAAGCUCUAGGUUAACUGCCCUCUGCUGCUUGUUCACUUUCAAUUGCUUUAGUCAAGUAUUCUGACUAGUGGGACAACAGAUCUUUGGGACUAGUGCCGUGUGUUUGAAUCGACCAAAUGAGAUGGAGAAGCUACAGAUGGAGGAACAGUUGGUUAUUUUACGAACAACUGUACUUGAGCUACAAAUGACAAAUAUCUGGCAUCUAAAAUUUAUAAUGAAACCUAGAAUAAAUUUUUCAUCUGCACUGGAUACUCUUUGAUAAUGAGUGACCUUUUUCAUUGUCCUGGUGCCACGUUUAUGCACACACCAAGGUUCUUUUACUGUAUUUGUGCACUUAUUGCCGUUUGGUUGUAGAGGAGAUCAUCUCCAACAUUAGGGGUGCAGAAAAUUAGGCUGGGUCCCUGCAACCUUUUUCUGUGCCUCACUGCUGGGUUGAGCAGAAGGUAAAAGUUGGUGACAUUCUGCUCUUCUCCAUUAGCCCUGGAGUGAAUGCUAGAAUGUGUUAAAUGCAUUUUGGUAAGUAAAUAUUCAAAGGUAAAUCUACUAAUUCAAUUAAACUAUUCUCUAAGGAGGAGUAAAAUCAAGGGAUGAAGAAGGUCUUAAAUGUGAGCCUUUUCGUUUGGCUUAAGAAUUGUUCUCAUCGUUAUUUAAUACUCUAAGAGGUUCUUAUCCAAGGAUCUGUCCUGGUGCUGAGAAAAAUGGGGGUUAACUUAAUCUUAACUCAUAACACUAAGCACUUAAGUAUUUAAGACAUGCAAAUUAGAAAGCUUGUAUUACUACACGAGCUAAACUGUUGUUUUGCCUAUACUAAGUUUCAGUGUGGAGAAGAUGGGGCUUGAUGAAAGAAAGAUGGUCAAAAAACGAAGUAUUGGAUUUUUUUUGUUUUUUUUACAGAUCACAGUUAAAGUGCAUGUUUGAUAAGUAAUGGCUGUUUCUCUAAGCUCUGGUGUUAAGGGUUUGGGAUCUUCCCUCAUACUAAGAGAAGUCUUAAAUCAAGAAUUUGCAUUUAGCACUUUUUGCUUUUUUUUAGCUGAAUUAAAAUAUCAGACAACUACUGGACCUGCUUGGACCUGCCCUGUAAAAAGCCCCAUCUCAAUGUUGUAUUUGUAGCAGCACUAAUGUAAACUGAGGAUUAAAAGUGUGAUCUGAAGUGAUGUGUGGGUUGGUUCUCCCUGAAGCGAAGCUUCCUGGCCUCAGUGCUUGGUAGGGAGAGCAGACUCAUUGCUCAGCAGGCAGGAGGCUCUGGCUGCGAUAGCGGAGCUGAUGCUCAAUUCCUCUGCCCUCACUAUUUUUAUCCUCUUGACUUCUGAAAUACUUUGGAACAUGAUGUACUUCAUGUUCUUUCACAUUCUAAAAACCUCUUUAGGAGGAGAAUGUGACACAUCUCUUCAAUCUUUCAGUAAAGUUUCUGUUCUCAUCUUACUGAUUCCCUAAUAAAUGGAAAUCAUUCUGUUUCCUGACUUAAUUUUGAUCCAUUUUAAACAACAAUGUAUGGUUAACCCUGUUCUACACCUAGUGGCACAGAUGAUGAUUUUAGUAGUGCUCAGUGUAAGUCUCUAUUUUUCUCCAAGGAAGGGACCCUAACACAGUCAUCGCCUCUAUAAGGCACUUGGGAUUCACUCCCACUUAGGCACUGAGCAGGUGUGAGAAGUUCCUUUCUCUACUACUUUCAUCAAUGAGCUUAAAAAACAGGGCUAGCACGUUCAUGGAAAAUUGCAGCACAUUGGUUUAGCCAUAAUCAUCAUGAGAGCUUCUAGUUGAAUUUGAGCUGAGCCAGGCUGGUAGUGAAAGAGAAUGUAACAUCUGACAUUACUGCAGGGCCAGGAGGGGGGGGAAUGCCUCAUCCUUUUCCCAGCGGCUGGCAGUUACAGCCUCAUUUGUAAGAGUUGAGCUGGGUGGACUCUGCUGUUUGAAUGGUUUGCUGCCAUUCACUAAGAUUUGUUGAGCAAAGUGGACUGUGUUAUUCCCAUGGAAUACAAACACCAGCAAGGAUUAUCAUUUGCCAGAAGAUAUUGGAGAACCAUGUGGACUUAUUUCCAGAAUCUCUUGCAUUUACUCAUUGACGUUCCUUUGUAAUCUUACUGCUAGUGAGCCCAAAGUCCAGCUGGUGGAAAGGUCCAAGUGAAUGAAUCGUGACCAAAUCAUUUUAUUUUAGUCAGUGUAGACCAGCAUUGGCCAGGAGGUUUAGUAAAUUUCCCAUACCCAUUCCUCGUACCAUAGAAUCCUUUAUAGAUUGCUGUACAUUAAACCUUUUAUUUAUAAACCUUUAACUUGAGCCACAGUUUCUGUCAUGUUCAGUUAGUUGCUCUUGAAUCUGUACCAAUGCUUCAAACCUCAGCCUUCCAGUUGAAAGAGCUUGCUGCUCCAACUCAACACACAAAA